GCCGGGUUUGUCCUGUCGCGAGCUAAUCAGCGUAGUCGGGUUCGGAUGUCACUCUGUGGUCUGUUUUGAUGCGGCUCCUUUAUUCCAGUUUUCUCAGAUAAAUGAAAGAAACAAUCUACUUUCAGACGCUCAGUCUGUCCUGGACGAUGCGAGUAAGACAGAAGCUGCCCGUCAGCCACGCGGAGCCCAAAUGGACGCUCAAGUCACAUCGACCCUGACUGACUGAAAUCAAAAUCCGCCUCCUCCACACCAACUGACGUAGAUGAAGUUUCUAUGCCACAACCAAUCUCUGCUCAACUAGAUUCCGUGGAGUCACUCUUGGAGGAACUUCCAUAUAUGUUCUAUCUAGGCCUGUUCUUUGUGAACGUCUUGAUCGUCUACUAUGCCUUUCUAAUGGAGUACAUCGUCCUAAAUGUGGGGAUAGUGUUUCUGCCAGAGGAUAUGGACCAGGCUUUAGUGGAUCUCGGGGUUCUUUCUGACCCAGCGUCAGUCCCCUACGACACAGACACUGAGCUGGAUGUGUUUGAGGGUUAUCUGGAGUGACAGAUAUGGAGAAUGUCUUGGCUGAAAGAUAGAGAUGACGCUUGACCACGCCGCUUCAAUCCAUCAAUAACCACAAAGGAUGAACUUUUGCCACCAGACAAGAUGCAUAGUUUGUUGCAUUUCAAUGAGGCCAUUGGUUGUAGGGACAGUUUGCAUUGUUUCCCUUGUCAGCUUGAAAGACAACUUCAGUAUUUCACCGCCAUUCAGUCGCUGCUGGCGCUGAAUAUUAAUCAGGGUUUUGUGGGGAGCUGGAGAAGAGAGACCUGGAAAAGCUCACUUGAUCACUCCAAGAAAGUUUCACGUGUGAGUGCACAUCGGUGAAGGAAAGUUCGAAAAGCAGUGUCAUGUGUUGACAGUAAUCUAUUUUAAAUGAUCACACAAGUCAACUUUGGUGAAAGCUUUUUUAAGAAGUUUUACAUUCAUUUUUGUCAAUGUUCAUUUUCCACAAAUGUAUGAUGUAAGUAGAGAAAAUGACUGCAUGCUGCCUUGGUGGGAUGCAUGUUUUCUUGGCCUGGAAUUUCUCUCUGUUUGUGAUUUCUUUGCAACAUACUUUGCAUUUGAUUCAUUCUUGGAAGCAAUAACAGCCCAGAUUGAAUGAGUUCAUACAUGCCAUGCACAUAAACAUGCACAGCCUCUCGAAUGAGCUUACUGAUAGUUAUGUGGAUGGAAAAUAAGAAUAUUUAUUUUGAGCUCAUCAUACUGCAAAGAAAGAAGCUGAUCAAUGCUUUGAAAUUAUCACAGCUAAACGAUUUAGAUUAAUGGUCAUAAGGCAAAUUGCAGUUUAGAGAGCUGGACACAAUAGAAAGCUUGCAAUUACAUGUAAAUGUUGCUGUUCACUCCAGCAAUACACUCAUAACUACCUGUGUUAACAUUUCACUGAUUCACUUGUGAUGCCAUGUGAUGUGUGCACCUCUUAACGCCUGACUAUUACACUGCUUUUACAUGGUGGUCCCAGCCCAUCCUUUCAGUUGCCAGAUACACUUUUUUUUAUUACUUCAAGAAUGCUGCUGAAUGACAAAAGUAGACUAAAGCUCAGGAUUCUACCUCUCAUUAAAGAUAUUUUGUUUAAGCUUUUGAUAAGUGAAGUUGUUGAUAUCUACACUGACGUUGACUGAAAGUAAAUCCAAACUGGUAUUUUACCUACUUUUCACAAGUAUGAUUCGAUGUCUCACUCUCAUAUAAGACUGCUGGUAGACGGUAAAAACAAAAGCUAUAAUUUCAUGCAGUUCAAAUCUUAUUGUUAUAUAAUCACUCCACAUUCUUGUGCAUAUGCUGGAAUAAGCUGUGCUUUUGGAGUUAUGUUUUACAACGUAUUUAAUAAAACUUUAUUCAAUGCCAUCCGAAACAAAGUUGUACUUUCUCUGCAGAACCUAUUUUGGGUAAAAACAAAGGCAAGAAAAUGUACACUCAGUCUCACACACCCGUAACCUAACCCUAAAGAGGACAGAUUACAUUUGCAAUGCAUGUAUUGUGGAUCAGUUCUAUCUUCUCAUCUUAAGAACAAUGUUGGUUACAUCACUUGAGCCAUUAAGGGGCUUAUCAAUUCACAUUUUCUUCUAAAUUACGUACUGCUCCCAAACAAAUGGAUCCCCAAAAGGGCGGCAGUGCAGGUUUUUCUCCCAACCCUGCCAGCACAUACUGUAUAGGUUACCAACCGGGUGUCUGCCGAAACAAACCAGACUGACAAUCCAUCGAUGACAGUGUUAUGACGCCAACUGCACCACGGUGUUGAAUCUCUUUAUUAAUCCAGUGAAAAACAAAUCGGGUUUCAUCCUCAGAUUGAGCAAAUGUAGUUUUCUAGUGACUAGUUAUUACGAGUUAAGCUUGUCUGUUGAAGCUUUAAGAAACAUCUUUAUUGUUUUUCCUCAAUUGCGAGCCAAAAUAAACUCUGCUCCAACAUGAUGGAUCAACUGAUGCUUUGGAUUUCUUGAAGAUGGUUGGAACAAUAGUCCUGGAUACCUGCCGAAAGACACACAAAAUUAUUCCAGCUUCUCACCAUCACAAAUAAUUUUUUUAAACUCUCAAUUCCAAUUGGAACUCACUCUGCACAAUCUUCAAAUAGACUUUGGUAGCAGGAGAGUCAGGCACUUUGUUGAGGAAAGAUGUGCCUUCGUCACAGCUCCGUGCAAUCCUGGGGUCAAGCGGUACUUUACCCAGCAGGGGCAGACUUAGGUCUGCGCACAUAUUCUCAGCACCGCCAGUGGUUGGAGGAAAGAUCUGUGACGGGUUCUGGAAAACACAUAGUAUCCACUUAUUAAACCAAACCACUUUUGCAGUUAAAAAACUUUUGUAAAACAUCUGAAAAUGAGGAAAUGUUACCACUUCCGUGUGCA